CACUGGGGAGCGUCCUGCUGUGGGGCAGGAAGCUCUGCAGGGGGUGCUCUGCCCUGGGAGACAGGGCCGGGCAUUGGGGGGCGCUGCACUGUAGGGCAGGGGGGCUUGGCAGGAGGUGCUCACUCUGCCAGUCAGGGCCAGGCGCUGUGGGGCGCCCUGCUAUGGGGCAGGAAGCUCUGCCCUGCCAGUCAGAGCUGGGCGCUGGGGUUUGUGCUGCUAUGGGGCAGGAAGCUCUGCCCUGCCAGUCAGAGCUGGGCGCUGGGGGGUACACUGCUAUGGGGCAGGAAGCUCUACCCUGCCAGUCAGGGUUGGGCGCUGGGGGGUGCGCUGCUAUGGGGCAGGAAGCUCUGCCCUGCCAGUCAGGGCCGGGCGCUGGGGGGUGCACUGCUAUGGGGCAGGAAGCUCUGCCCUGCCAGUCAGGGCCGGGCGCUGGGGGGUGCACUGCUAUGGGGCAGGAAGCUCUGCCCUGCCAGUCAGGGCCGGGCGCUGGGGGGUGCACUGCUAUGGGGCAGGAAGCUCUGCCCUGCCAGUCAGGGCUGGGCACUGGGGGGUGCGCUGCUAUGGGGCAGGAAGCUCUGCCCUGGCAGUCAGGCCUGGGCGCUGGGGGGGAUGCUGCUAUGGGGCAGGAAGUUCUGCCCUGGCAGUCAGGGCUGGGCGCUGGGGGGUGCCCUGCUAUGGGGCAGGAAGCUCUGCCCUGGCAGUCAGGGCUUGGCGCUGCUAUAGGGCGGGGGGGCUUUGCAGGGGGUGCUCUGCCCUGGCACCAGUACCCCAGCGUGAUGCUAGGAGUGCCAUGCUAUGGGGAGCCUGUGAGCAGAGCUGGGUCCUAGGACCCUGAGCGGCGCAGUGGGGGGCUGGAGCCUGUUCUCCCUAUGGGAGAGUAAUGCUCUGGGGAGGCCGCAUGGGCAAGUAGAGAGGGAGCUGGUCUGGCAGCCAGGACUCCUGGGCUCUGGGAGGGGGCUGGGGCCUAGUGGUUAGAGGUGGGGGGCUGGGAGCCAGGACUCCAGGACUGUACUGUCUCCAGCCCCUCUGCUGGGUGGCUGGUGCUUCCCCUGUCCUUGCCCCCCCCAUGUCCAGGCAGGGUGCCCCCUCCGCGCCCCCGGCCCCGCCCUAGGGGGUGCAGCGAGAGGGUGCGUGAUGUUGGCUGGAUCUGUUGACUAACACACUGCGUCUGUAUCUGAAUGCUGUCCUCCAGGUCAGAGCCGCGGCUUCGCCUUCGUCGAGUUUAAUCACUUGCAGGACGCUACCCGAUGGAUGGAAGCCAAUCAGCACUCCCUCAGCAUCCUGGGCCAGAAAGUCUCCAUGCACUACAGCGACCCCAAGCCCAAGAUCAAUGAGGACUGGCUCUGCAGCAAGUGUGGAGUACAGAAUUUCAAACGAAGGGAGAAAUGCUUUAAAUGUGGCGUUCCCAAAUCAGAGGCUGAGCAGAAGCUGCCCCCAGGGAGUCGGCUAGACCAGCUGGUGGCGCUGUCGGGCCGGGAGCUGAGUCAGGGCCUUCUGCCUCUGCCACAGCCCUACCAGGCCUCGGUGCUGUCAGCAACCCAGCCCCUGGCCCAGGCGUCAGAGCCCUGCGCUGAGAACGCCAACGACACCAUCAUCCUGCGGAACCUGAACCCGCACAGCACCAUGGAGUCGAUCCUGGCGGCGCUGGCCCCCUACGCCGUGCUCUCCGCCUCCAACGUCCGCGUCAUCAAAGACAAGCAGACCCAGCUCAACCGCGGCUUCGCCUUCAUCCAGCUGGCCACCAUCGUGGAAGCGGCCCAGCUGCUGCAGAUCCUGCAGGCCCUGCAUCCCCCGCUGCAUAUUGAUGGCAAGACCAUCAACGUGGAGUUUGCCAAGGGCUCCAAGCGGGACAUGGGCUCCUCCGACAGUAACCGGAUCAGCGCCGCCUCUGUCGCCAGCACUGCUAUUGCUGCAGCCCAGUGGGCCAUCUCCCAGGCAUCACAGGGCAGCGAGGGGGCUUGGGCGGCCUCAGAGGAGCAGCCGGCCGACUACGCCUACUACCAGCAGGAGGAGGCCUACGGCGCGGAGCCGGCCCUCUACUCCCACGCCUACCUGAAGGGCUCCCCAGCCCAGCCCGGCGCCAAUGGGGAGGCCACAGCCACAGUAGCAGAACCGUCCCUGGAGCCUGGCGUGCCGGGCGUCGACUCGCUGCCUGUCCUGCAGAGCUUCCCCCAUGCCGCACAGACCACCGCCGUGCCCGUUGUGUACCAGCCGCCUGGCGGGGCCGAGACCGCGGGCACCGCCCAGGGCACCGCUGCCACUGCCCAGAGCCAGCCCUACACCAUUGUGUCCCCGGCCGUGCUGAAGCCAGAGACGCCGAGCCCGGCCCAGCCGAGCAGCGCCGCCCUCCCCGCCCCCAGCACUGGCCUGCCCCUGCCCACCCCCAUACCGCAGGAGCCCUACGGCCAGUACCCCGUCCCAGACGUAUCCACCUACCAGUACGACGAAACCUCUGGCUAUUACUACGACCCGCUGACCGGUCUCUAUUACGACCCCAACUCCCAGUACUACUACAACGCACAGAGCCAGCAGUACCUGUACUGGGACGGCGAGCGCAGGACCUACGUGCCAGCCUCCGACCAGGGCGCCGACGCCCACAAGGAUGGCUCUGGGGGCAGCGGCAAGGAGGGCAAGGAGAAGAAGGAGAAACACAAGACCAAAACAGCUCAGCAGAUCGCCAAGGACAUGGAGCGUUGGGCCCGCAGCCUCAACAAACAGAAGGAGAAUUUCAAGAACAGCUUCCAGCCGAUCAGCUCGCUGCGGGAGGACGAGCGGCGCGAGUCGGCCACGGCCGACGCCGGCUACGCCAUCCUGGAGAAGAAGGGGGCGCUGGCAGAGAGGCAGCACACGCCCAUGGACCUGUCCAAGCUGGCCAGCGAUGACAGGCUGAGCCCGCCGCGAGGGCUGGUGGCCGCGUACAGCGGGGAGAGCGACAGCGAGGAGGAGCCAGAGCGGGCAUCCGACCGGGAGGAGAAACUCACGGACUGGCACAAACUGGCCUGUCUGCUCUGCCGCCGGCAGUUCCCCAGCAAGGAGGCGCUGAUCCGCCACCAGCAGCUCUCCGGGCUGCACAAGCAAAACCUGGAGAUUCACCGCCGCGCCCACCUGUCUGAGCAGGAGCUGGAGGCGCUGGAGAAGAACGACAUGGAGAUGAAGUACCGGGACCGCGCGGCGGAGCGCAGGGAGAAGUACGGCGUCCCCGAGCCCCCGGAGCCCAAGAAGAGGAAAUACUCAGCCGUCAUGCCUGCCACUGUAGACUUUGAGCAGCCGACGCGGGACGGGCUGGGCAGCGAUAACAUUGGGAGCCGCAUGCUGCAGGCCAUGGGCUGGAAGGAGGGCAGCGGGCUGGGCCGCAAGAAGCAAGGCAUCGUCACUCCCAUUGAGGCACAGACCCGAGUGCGCGGCUCCGGCCUGGGUGCCCGCGGCAGCUCCUACGGGGUGUCGGCGGCUGAGUCGUACCGCGAGACGCUGCACAAGACCAUGCUGACCCGCUUCAACGAGGCUGAGUGAGGCCCCACCCUGGAGACUCCCCCUGUGGGGGGGGACCAUGAACUUUUUUUUAAUUAAAGGAGAAAAAUGACUGUG